GUGUUCUUUGCGCCGAGCGUCGCUGCGCUGGGGUGGAGCCAGGUGCGGGAAGCGGAAGCGGAGUCUGGUCCGCCCCGCCCUUGAUUACCGGUCGUGGUGUCACACGUGACCGAGCCGGCUGGUAGCGGAGGCAGCAGUGGGUCGCGAGCUCCCUUCGCCGUGGUCAGGAUGUCGGGCAAGGACCGGAUCGAGAUUUUCCCCUCGCGGAUGGCUCAGACCAUCAUGAAGGCUCGUUUGAAAGGGGCCCAGACGGGUCGUAACCUCUUAAAGAAAAAAUCUGAUGCUCUGACUCUUCGAUUCCGACAGAUACUAAAGAAAAUCAUUGAGACUAAGAUGUUAAUGGGUGAGGUGAUGAGAGAAGCUGCAUUCUCACUUGCUGAGGCAAAAUUUACGGCUGGAGACUUCAGUACCACUGUGAUCCAGAACGUGAACAAAGCUCAAGUCAAGAUCAGAGCUAAGAAAGACAACGUAGCAGGUGUAACCUUACCAGUGUUUGAGCAUUACCAAGAAGGAGGGGAUAGUUAUGAGUUGACUGGCUUAGCUAGAGGUGGGGAGCAGCUGGCAAAACUGAAGAGGAACUAUGCCAAAGCAGUGGAGCUGCUUGUAGAACUGGCCUCGCUCCAGACUUCAUUUGUUACACUGGAUGAAGCUAUUAAGAUAACGAACCGGCGUGUGAAUGCUAUUGAACAUGUGAUUAUUCCCAGGAUUGAGCGCACACUGUCCUACAUCAUCACGGAGCUGGAUGAGAGAGAGCGAGAGGAGUUCUACAGGUUAAAGAAGAUCCAGGAGAAGAAAAAAAUAUUGAAAGAAAAGAAUGAGAUAGAGCGGGCCUUACGGAAAGCUGCUGGGGCGGAACAUGAACCUGCCAAUCUCCUAGCAGAAGAGAAGGAUGAAGACCUCCUCUUUGAGUAGCUCUGUUAGAGAGGGAGACGUAGAUGGCAGUGUGUUAACUGAUGUAAUUCUGGACACUUGUGGCUCUUCAUUUGGUGUAUUAGCCUGUGAGCUCCAUUGGUUGUGUUUUUUCCCCAAGAUGAGAACUCUGGGGGCUUUUUUUGGUGGGGUGUGGAAGCAGAAAAAGGAGAGUAGCAGUAGCAAGACAGUCUCCCUUACACCAAUCUACUACCAUCUGUUUGGCUACUGAAUCUGUACAGCAAUUAUACCCUCCUUGUAAGGGAGGGGAAAAAAAACCUAUGUGCAUGUUAACAUGUGAAAGUAGGUGUUGCUACAAUUAACUUGCAAACUAUUAAUGAUAGAAAAGCUAGAUUGUUCAGGUUAACCUUGUUGCAGAAAUCCACACACUUAUUACCACUUGCCUGGAAGACACCUUCCAUUUUGUGUAACUGUGGGAGAAAAUUAAUGUCUGUGCUGUAUGAUAGUAAAAUCAUUUUAAAUGUUA